AUGCUGAAAGCGUUUCUUGACCAGAAGUUCGGUUCUCUUCAGGAUCUGGGAAGUUUGGAUAGUGUCAUUAGUCAAAUAGAAUCAGAUAAAGAUGCAUUAAAAGAACAGGUUACAGGAAAAUCCACUGAUAUAUACGAGGAACAGGGCAAACAACUUAUUCAGAUUUUGGAUUCGAUAGUGGACCAGGACAAUUUGGACGCUGUUGACGAUCUGAUUGAAAAACAUGGAAAUAUCGAGAUUCUCACCAGUUUCAGACAGGAGUUAGUCAAGAAGUUGGUUCUUAAAGAAGUGACAGAUCUGUACAAUGCAUAUUUGAGCUUGAAUGAUAAUUUGAACGAUUUUGAGCUUUUGGAUCUUCCGAAGCUGAAAUCAGACGAAGCUAUCAAACAGUUACAAAGGUUAGGUGAACAAUUACAACGGUAUGAAAAGACGUCUGUAUAUUAUCCCAGCGCAGCAGAAAGUCACAAGGAAUACAUUGAUUUGCUCCAUGAAAAGUAUAAGUCUAUUGCAGCGGGAGAACUUCGCGACAGAGUGACAAAAGAGUUCCAGCAGCACAUCACACACUGGGACGAGGAAGGAAAAUUGAAAGCAAGCGAAGUCGGUUCAUUGAAACUGUAUUUCGAUCGAGUGGUCAAGUUACAGUCUGUUUACAAUAAAGUCGAGACAGCAGAGCCAGAAACCAUUUGGGCGUUUGACUGCUUGGCAUCAAACUUCAAGGUGAAAUUCGUUUACCAUUUUGAAGGAUCUAACGAAACUAAUAGACUGGACAAACCCGAAUAUCCAUUGAACUAUUUGCAAGGAUACAUCAAGAAAACCGCACCUUUGUUUGAAUCACUUUACUCUCUUCAGUUUUCCAAAUAUUACCCCAAACUUGGAGCCGUCAAAUGCUUUAUUCUUUCGCUCAUGACCCCGAUAAAGGAGAAGUUUGACCGUGAAAUGCACCUUGUCACCAAUGACGAGGGGUUACUGAGUCAUUUAAUUCUGGAGCUCCAAAAGUUUGAUCAAUUCUUGGUGAAAACGUACAAGUUUAAUCAAUUGGGAGAUGAAGGAACCAAACUGCUAACAUACAAGCUUGUUCUCUCGAAUAACGACGUCUUUGAUCGUUGGCUAAAUAACGAAAAGAACUUUGUCAACCACAGGUAUGAGGAGAUCAUGAAUUCCAAAGAUGCAUUUGAGAUUGACGAGGACUUUGUUGAAGACGGAAAGACAAAGCCUACGAAAUCAGCAAUCAACUUGAAAAAUCUCUUGGAAGGUAUAAGCAACAACUACGCAAUGCUUCCAACCAAGUUCCAGGUGAAGUUUUUGAGCGAGGUUCAGCUGAGGUUGCUCAAUUCGUACUUUUCAAGCUUGAAACAGGGGUUCAAUGCUUUGGACGCAAUUAUUCAUGCUAAAAUCAGCGACGAAAUCUCGGCUUUGGAAAGAAUAUGUCGAGUUUGGUGUUCGUCCAAGUACAUCAUCGAGACCAUGACAAACUGGGGAGAGUCUAUUCUUUUCAUUGAACUGUGGAGUUCAAUUAAUGGCAACAGUCGUCUGGAAACCACGUUUUUCGAAUCGGUUAUCAGUGGUUACAAGAAAGACCUGAUGGUGCAGCUUCCACGGAAAUUGCAGACGUAUUUUGAGCGCGAACUCAACAAAACCAUGAAGUCUUAUUUCCUUUCUAGUCAGCAAUGGGGCUCGAUUGGCGACGGUGACGUUACUGGUGCACGGGAAUUGGAUUUGCCUAUUGCUACGCUACGCAAAGACCUUGGCUAUUUGCGCAAAGUUGUUUCCUACGGUGACUUUCUCAACAUUGAGCUCAUUCUGUCCGGGGCAAUCACUGCUUAUUUUGAAAAGAACGUGAUCUAUUGCAACAGGUUCAGUAUUGGUGGAGCCAAACAGUUGGAAGCAGAUUACACCAAGAUGUACCAAUCGCUUAAUUUGCUGAGGGACAACUCCAAUUAUGGAAAAACCAGCGAGAUAUUGAUUAUCUUGACCAGCAAUGACCAACAACAGCUUCUAAGUUCCAGUUCGCGGUUCCAGCAUUUGAACGAGUACCAAGUGAGCGAGUUGUCCGAAGAUCUGCGAUUUGAUCCAAUGGAGCCGACAGAGUCUAUUUCCGAGCAUAAUUUGGAUUUUGGAGACGAUACGCCGCCUACAUCGUCGUCUAACUCUCCUCCUGGGACAGAGGGACAUGGCCACGAAGACGAUGUUAUGAGCAAUAUUUGUGGGGAAUUUGGCCAGAAAGGUGUGGUUUCUGGCUUGAAGAAGGAUGAGGAGUGUACAUUACAGAAAGAUGGAGGACUAGUAGCUGUAGAGAACAGCACAAACAAAGAGAAUAAACAGGAUUACUUCAAAGGCUCUCAAUUGGCGAUUCUUCUGAGGGCCACCGAGUACUUUGCCGGAGGACAUCUGGAAGGCCGGAGACGGCGACAUGUUGUGUUGGAGAAGAGUGCAAUCGAAAAGGAGAAAAAGACUUCUAAAAAGAAGAGCCAAAAAGCAGAUCGGAAACCAAAGCGGGUCUUGAUAAAGAAAGAGAAACCAAAGCAAAUAAAGAAGCCUGAGAUAACGAGUGUUCCAAAAAAGCGAGGAAGAAAGCCCAAACAAAGGACCGCGGUGAGCGAUACUGACAAGGAGAAAGAACCAGUGGUGCAGAAUACAAUCAAGCCAGUGUUAAGACAGCCAUGGUUUUUGAAUCACGAGUUGUCCAAUGAUAUUGUCAUUAAAUGGCAGUUCUUUGACUCCAAUGUCAGCAACGAGCGGAAAGAUCUGGUGCUGAAAAGUGCGUACGAACUGGUGAAUGAUCGGCUGGGCCGAUACAUUACUGAUGAUCCCCAGUUUGAGCCGCAACAAGUCGAGCUGUUGUAUCCGCUGUAUGAUUAUCAAGAGAAGUAUCUUCUGGUCGAGUGCAAGCCGAGUGCGUGGUUCAAUCCCGUCGCCGAUGCUGCACGGGUGAUGGAACUCACCGCACUGGUUUAUUUCCCUGAGGAUGCCAGAAAAAAGGUGGUUGAUCUCGAGAACCCGGACUUGAGUUUGAUCAAGAACUGGGACGAGGCUUGCGAGAAGAAGGACACUGCUGCGAUGAAGAUCAUCGUGGAAGAAUACAACAACAUGGUGCGCGAACUGCGAUCAUCCAACAGAAUCAUAGAACACAUCAAAUCGUGCACUGUUUUCCCACAGCUGCUGGUGCACGAGAUAAUGAACCAAUGCUACUUGCGCGCUGUACUUCCGGACUCGCGGAAACUCAAGACAUACAAGGCGUUCUCGAACUACGUUUAUGGUGAGCUAAUGCCGGCAUUUCUGAGCCGCGCGUAUAAUCAGUGCGGCCUUUCCCAUGAUAAGGUAUUUAUAGAUCUCGGCUCUGGGGUCGGGAAUUGCACUAUUCAGGCUGCGCUGGAGUUUGGAUGCGAGAGCUAUGGCGUGGAGAUCAUGGACCAUGCGUCAGACUUGUGCAAGCUCCAAUGGGAAGAAUUUGACAAACGGUGUGCCAUUUGGGGAGUCAACCACGGCCCAAUUGACUUCUUUUUGAAACAGUCGUUUGUGGAGAACGCUGCUGUGCAAGAGAUUGUGAACCGAAGCGACGUGAUAUUGGUGAAUAACUAUUUAUUUGACGCUACGCUAUCAAAACAGGUUAUUCGGCUACUCCAAGGUCUAAAAUCGGGCACCAAGAUCAUCAGUUUGAAACCGAUUGUUCCUCACGGUUAUAGCAUGACCUGGGACGACGCAGACUCGAUCUUGAACCGCAUGAAAUCAACCAGAUACACUUACGAAGAGAACAGCGUCAGCUGGACGUCAAAAGGCGGGUUCUACUACAUAACAGAGGUUUUGGACGGAGUGAACGAGGAUGACCUUGGAGGAGAAGAACUCGACACCCUCGGACUUGUACAAUGGAGAAUCGACGAAAGAGCACUCGACAAUGUCCUGUUCACCAGCAAGACCGUUCAAGACGGCACCGGCAAAUCUGGCACCGGCCUGGGCCAUGGACAAAGUAGCGGAACCUGCACCGCCCUUGGCCUGGACAACCUCGUCACCGCCGAAUUGAAUUCUGUGGACCAAAGCGUCGUAGGUCUCCUUUGGCAAGUUCUUGUGGUUAGUUUGAGAUAUAAGAGGAACGAUGGUGAUACCAGAGUGUCCACCAACAACAGGAACAAUCUCGUGGACUGGGUUGGUCUUUGCAACCUCAGACAAAAAUCUGGAGGAUCUCAAAACGUCCAGGGUGGUGACACCAAACAGUUUCUUUGGAUUGUACACUCCCUUGGCCUUCAAAACCUCGGCCACGAUCGGAACGGUGGAGUUGACAGGGUUGGAAAUAACCAAGAUGGCAGCGUUUGGAGAGUGGUCGGCAGCAGCCUUGGCCAAGUCUCUCACAAUGGAAGCAUUGGUGUUGAACAGGUCAUCUCUGGUCAUACCUGGCUUUCUUGGAACACCAGCAGGAAUAAGAACAACAUCGGCACCGUCCAAAGCCUUUGCCAAUCCGUUGUCCUCUGGUCCGAAACCAGUAACGGUGGAGUUUGUUGGGAUGUGGGAAAUAUCAGUGGCAACACCAGCACCCAAUCUCAGGUCGUACAAGGACAAUUGGGUCACCUUGUGGUUCAGCUUCAUCAACAAAGACAAUGGCUGUCCAAUACCUCCGGCAGCACCAAGAACAGACACCUUGUAGGCGGUGGAGGCGGUGGAGGAGAAAUGUCUAGUGGCGAAUUUAGUCAACAUGAUCACAAACGGUUAUCAGAAGAACAAGAGAAUAAAAUAAAGACAAGUUAA